AUGUCUCCCGCUGGCAAGUUUCGUGUAGCAAUCUGUGGUGCGGGAAUAGGCGGGUUAAUGCUCGCAGUUGUCCUCGGCAAAUAUUCAGACAUACCUAUUGAUCUAUACGAGGCACAGGCAGAAAUUACGACGGUAGGAGCAGGAGUAACGGUCUGGCGCAGGACGAGGGAGAUAAUGAUAGAGCUAGGUUUGUACUCAGAACUAAGUGAAGUAACGACACGUUCCUCUGAUACCAGUCAUCCAUAUGGCCCCACUUUCCGGAAAUCAGAUAUCCUUGAAGGAGGCUUUAAAUGGUUUGACUUACUCUUUGGUUAUGAGCCGUCUAGCCUUCAUCGUCUUGACUUGGUAAACCUUCUGAUACGACAUCUGCCAUCAAGUUGUACAAUCCACACCAUGAAGCGGUUGAAAGCUUAUGCACGGGACGAUUCUGGUGGCUUGGCCUUGGCCUUGAAAUUCGCUGACGAGAGCACUGCAAUAACAGAUGUGCUUAUUGGCGCUGAUGGGAUUAGAUCUGCCACGCGUAGAGCACUCUUCGAGGGACUGGCGAAGGCCAGUCUACCUGGUUUGCAAAAUGUAUCGGAAUAUGUCAAUGCUAUGUGGACGGGAACCAUCGUUUAUAGAUCACUGAUUCCGACUGAAAAUUUGGAGAAAUUAUAUCCGGGAAAUUCAGCUACAAAGAAUAUGAUGCUUUAUUGUGGUAAGGAAAAGGUUGGUACUCACCUUUUUCGGUGUGCCUUGCUUGAUAGUGACGUUCCCUUCAUUGAUCAGCAUAUCGUUACUUAUCCUGUUUCGCGGGGCGCACUUGUCAACGUAGCGGCUUUCUACACCGAGGCUGAAGAUAUCGGCAAGAAAUUUGAAGGACACUGGGUCUCGGACGCGUCAGAGGAGGAACUUUUAAAAUCUUUCGAAAAUUUCGAGCCAGAGGCAAGAGCUAUUCUUCAGUGUUGUGAGAAGCCAUCUAGAUGGGCGCUUCAUGUAACGAACAAUUUACCACUUUCGACCUCGGGACGCGUUGCGAUCAUCGGUGAUGCAUGCCAUGCCAUGACACCCCAUUUUGGGGCUGGUGCAGGACAAGCUAUUGAGGAUGCCUUCAUUCUUGGUCGACUCCUUUCCCAUAACCUCACAACACUAUGCAACUUGCCCGACGUCCUUCGUAUUUACCAAGACAUCCGACUACCAGCUGUGACGCAUAUCUCCCAAAGUGCUGCUAUCACUGGGUAUAUGUACGACUUCAUGGCGCCUGGAUAUUACGAUGGCGAAGACCGGUCAGAUGAGGAUGGGCUUGAGCAGCUGAAAGAUGCUAUCAAUAAGAAUUGGGAGUGGCUUGGGCAAACAGGCUCCAUGGAUGACUGGGCGGAUGCAGAACGUCGCUUAAAGGAACUAGCGUCCUAA